GGUUAAUCAUUUAACUUGUUGCUCGGUACCAUUUCUACCCGAAGGCAACCGUGUGUCAAGACGCGUGUUCAAGGUAUGCCGAGCAGCGGUUGUCCUCUGUCAUGGGUGAUAUUAGACAGCGCAAUGGCUCUGUGAGUAAUAAUGACACAGAUUUAUCUGUUGUCCCUUAUACAGCGGACGACAUCAGGGUGCUUUAUCAUGAAGUUGACGAUGGGGACGUUGGGGAUGAAAUUGAGUUGCGAAGUCGAUCAGAAGUGUCCGUGCACGCAGAAGACUCCCGGUUGGACAAUGUCACGGGGUUUUACCGGGUUUGUUUGCCGGUUUGCUGUCAGAGAAACGACCCUGACCGUAAUCAGGAUGAUGAUGAUGAUGAUGAGGAAGACACGGGGGCAAACACAGUUCAAAAAGAAAAGAAACCAGCAUGUCCGGGGCUGGGACUCCUGUACACCUUGUUAGCAUCUGUCUUCUUCUCCUCUGCCGCUCUUCUUGUGAAGAAAAUUGAGGGGAUACACGCCAUAGAAAUCAGUGCAAUUCGGUGCUUCUUCCAGAUGCUGUUUGUCAUGCCAGCCAUGAUAUAUUACAAUACUGGUUUUUUGGGACCCAGAGAUAUGCGAAUCUACCUGUUCUUCAGAGGCUUCCUGGGCUCCAACGCCAUGAUCUUGUUGUAUUAUGCAGUUCUGCAGAUGCCCCUAGCGGAUGCCACAGUUAUAGUGUUCAGUAAUCCAGUCUUCACAUCCUUGCUGGCUUGGAUUUUCCUCAAGGAGAGGUGCACCAUAUGGGACGUUGUUUUUACAAUUUUUACGCUCACCGGCGUCAUACUGAUAGCCAGACCUCCCUUCCUCUUUGGUGGAGAGCUGUCUGGGAUCGAAGGAGACUACACCAAUCACAUCAAAGGCACGGUGGCUGCCUUUGCAGGGGCGAUCGGAGCGGCUUGCACUAUGGUCAUCCUGAGAAAAAUAGGGAAAAGUGUUCAUUACUACCUCUCUGUGUGGUACUAUGCAGUCCUGGGACUCAUCGAGUGUGUCAUUGUUUUGUUCAUCUUGGACGAAUGGACCAUUCCGUUCUGCGGCUGGGACAGGUGGACGCUCAUGGCCAUCGGGGUGCUCGGGAUAGCCGGCCAGACGUUCCUUACCAAAGCCCUACAGAUUGAGAAAGCAGGGCCUGUUGCACUGAUGAGGACGAUGGAUGUGGUCCUGGCGUUCAUUCUGCAGUUCCUUUUCCUCAACCGCAAACCGACAUGGUGGAGUCUGGGAGGAGCGCUGUGUGUGAUUAGCAGCACUAGUGGGGUGGCCAUAAGGAAGUGGUAUAACAGCACAAAAAAUAAGAGCUGAUUGCAUAUUAUAGUGAGACAGGGAAAAAAAAAAACAUUUUAUAUGUUUGCUACAAAUAAUUGCUGCAUUAGAUACCAAAGAAGCUGUAUUACUGUAAAAACAUGCAUUGAAAGUCUGAGAUUUUUCUUUGGUCUUUGACCUCACUGUAUGCAGUAUGUACAGUAUAUGAAAGUAUUUUAAGCGAUUUUGUAGUUUCUUAAAGUCAAUAUUCUUAAUGAAGUCAACAUAUAUUUUUAUUAUAUUUUAAAGAUGGUACUUUUGAGACUGUAGUUCUGUUUCAUCAUGUAGAGAGUAUAGUAGACAACAUAAUAAUAGACUGCUGGUCAGGACCUGAGCUUGAUGUGUGUAAAUCCCCCAAAAUAUCAUUCCAUCCUUUUUACUCACAUUCAUGCCAUUGCAAAGCAGUAUGAUUUUUUUUGGUUUCCCCUUGGAACAUAAAAAGAGAUUUUUUGAUUCUCAAAGUCACUCAUAGAUUCUAUAAGUAUUCCAUGAUUUAUAAUCUUUUGAAAUCCAUGCUAAAUGACUGCAAUGAAAAAAUGGGGAAAGAAACACUACAAAAUGGCUUUAAUAUACUAUUUAGCCUACUAUAAUAAUAUAUUUCAAGUCACAUGGUAGAUUUGUAUGAGGUAAUGCUGAAAUCGAAGUAGUUAUUUCCUGAAAAUCUUCUUCUUUAACUCCAUUCGGCAUCAUCCACUUGACGUGAAUGAUGCUGAAUGUAAUUUGUUGCUGCAUUCUAUUCACUUUCAUUGUAUAGAAAGAACCGGGUGAACAUUCUGCCAAAUAUCUACAUUUUUCCUCCACGGAAGGACAUUUGGAACAACACAAGGAUAAGUAAAUGAUGACAGGAUAACAUUGGGGGGAGCAAACUAUCCCUUUAAAACUCUUUGCACUUUGUUGUUGACCAUGUACUGUAACUGGUAUUACUUUUAAAAGGAAAACACAGGGUCAACAGUAUGUUGCAAUAUUUUUGCGAGCUCAUUUUAAGGUUCUGAAUGAUAUGUGUUUAAAUAUGCAAUUAGUCAUUUGUUCUGAACCUUGAUGAACCUCUUGAACUCUGUCCUUAUGUACCUUAGACAUCCACACCGGUUUACUUUACAAAUAUUUUCCUGAUAUAGAAUGAGUCAUACUUAUUUAUUUUUCUAUCGGACCUGUGUCUCGGUGCAAAGAAAAUUAUUUUGAGUUGUUACAAGAGGCUGUGUCUAUAAGUAAUGGCUGUUCAGUCACUCUGAAAUGAUUAUUUUCGUUUGUUUUACCUUUACAUUUAUUUAAUUUGAUAAUUUUAUUUAAACAUGUUUGUGAAAACUGACCUUAAAGCACUUCACACACUUGUUGUGUCAGUUUACCUGUAUUAAAAGCACUGUUAACGGUUUACUGAUACUUCACCAGCAAUUUAUGGAAAUGCUGCCGUUUUUUUUUUUUUUUUUUUUUGUCUGAUGAGAUUUCUGUUAAUGAUCUAUUAAUGUGAGAGCAGAUCCCUCCAUAUUAUUCAUUGAAUAAUGCCUGCUGUAGAUUCCACAUUACAUAUUUAUAUGACUGAGCUUUAGUAGUUAAAAUAAAUGAAAGAUUCGCUGA